AUGACCGCCGUUACCGGAACCGCCGCGAAGCCGUACAAGGUCUUCGUGGCCGGUGGUUGCUACGCCGGCCUCUCUUGCGCCAUUCACCUGAUUGAGCGAUGUGACAGCCGCACCGACAGCCCCAUCCACGUCAAGGUCACCAUUGUCGACGAGAGAGAUGGUUACUACCACCUGAUCGGUUCACCGCUGGCAUUCUCGGACAAGAAGUACGCCGAAAAGGCCUGGGUCGAGUACAAGGACGUCAAGAUUCUGCAGAGACCCGACGUCGAGUUCGUACACGGCAGCGUGGUCAGCAUCGAUCCUGCUGCCAAGACAGCCACCAUCCGCGAGUCGGCGGACCAGCACGAGCGCACCCAGGAAUACGACUUCUUCAUUGGCGCCACCGGUUUCCGAAGAGCAUUCCCCGUCGUGCCCCAGGCUCAGAGCCGCAAGGCAUGGCUCAUUGAGGCCAACAGACACAUUGAUGCCGUGACCUCCUACAGUGAUCCCGUCCUUGUUGUCGGUGGAGGUGCCGUUGGUAUUGAGAUGGCUGCCGAGCUCAAGACUGUCAAGCCCGACAUCAAGGUCAUCCUCGCCCACUCGCGUGAGAAGCUCUUGUCGGCCGAGCCGCUGCCCGACAGCGUCAAGGACUGCGCGCUGGACCUGACGCGCGAGGCCGGCGUCGAGUGCCUGAUGGACCACCGCCUGACGCGCAGCACGCCCAUCAAGAACGCGGCGGGCCAGGACGCGUACGAGGUCGAGUUCGAAAACGGCCACAAGCUGACGGCGAGCGCCGUCGUCAUGGCCAUUAGCAAGUCGGUGCCCUCGACCGACUUCUUCCCCGCCGAGGCCCUGCAGACCGAGACGGGCCUGGUCAAUGUCACCAACUCGCUCCAGCUGGCCAACAAGGCCAUCCCCCACGCCGACGACCACUUUGCCAUUGGCGACCUGAUCAACUGGUCCGGCAUCAAGCGCUGCGGCUCCGCCAUGCACCAGGGCAAGCUCACCGGCCUCAACAUCCACCAGAUCAUGCAACAGCAGCUCCUUGGCACCGAGCCCAAGCUCAACACCAUUGACGAGGUCCCGCCCAUGAUUGGUCUGGCUGUUGGCAAGUCGGCCGUCUCCUAUGGUCCGGACGGCAUGUCUUCUGGCCCUCAGGUCAUGCAGCUCUUCUUUGAGGAGGAUCUUGGUUUCAGAAUCUGCUGGGACCACUUGCGUCUGGGCGGAAGCUUGGCCUAA